AUGAGCAAUAGCUCAAUGAUAUCUGAGUUUGUUUUGUUGGGACUCACCAGCACUUGGGAACUGGCAAUUUGCUUUUUCUUCAUAUUUUUGUUGGCCUACACAGCAAUCUUAGCAGGAAACAUCCUCAUUGUGGUCAUCGUUACUUUUGACUCGCACCUGCAUUCAAUACCCAUGUACUUCCUUCUUGGAAAUCUCUCCUUCCUCGAUAUGUUUAUUUCCACAGUCACAACCCCUAAGAUGAUCAUGGAUUUCUUCAAGGAGCACAAAACCAUCUCCUUGGGGGGAUGUAUGGCUCAGAUGUUCUUCCUUCACUUUUUAGGGGGCACGGAGAUGACUCUUCUGAUUGCUAUGGCCGUGGAUCGGUACAUUGCAAUAUGCAAACCCCUCCACUACACAGCCAUCAUGAACCGCCGAGUGCUCAAGGGAUCUCUGCUGCUGUCAUGGACUGUUGGCUUUGUGCAUACUAUGAGCCAGAUGGUCUUCACUGUCACCUUGCCCUUCUGUGGCCCCAAUGUGAUAGAUGAUGUAUUUUGUGACCUUCCUCUCGUUCUAAAGCUGGCCUGCACUGAGACCUAUGUGUUGGAGUUGCUGGUGAUUGCUGACAGUGGACUACUGUCCUUCAUUUGCUUCAUUCUCUUACUCAUAUCCUACACUAUCAUUCUGGGGACCGUGUGGCGUCGAUCCUCUGCUGGACUCUCCAAGGCUUUGUCCACACUGUCUGCUCAUAUCACGGUGGUCACACUUUUCUUUGGACCGUGCAUCUUCAUUUAUGCUUGGCCUUUUAACAGCUUUUCAGUUGAUAAGUUUCUUUCUGUGUUUUACUCAGUUGUUACACCCUUAUUGAAUCCCAUUAUUUACACCCUGAGGAAUCGGGAGAUGAAUGCUGCCAUGGGUCGACUGAGGAGCCGACAUGUCAGCUCCUGGCAGUUCUUCUGA